UUUCUGAUGUAGAGCUUUGGUAGAUUCAACUUCAUUCGUAUUUUCGUGAUUUUAUUCAACAAAUUCAUUCUAAAGAACGAUCACUGUCCGGAAAUCUCAUUUAUUUUAUGUUUGAAAGAUAUACGUAAAAGUAGUGAAUGGUUGUGGAUUUAAGGUGAUAAGUAAUACUCAGACUGAAAGUGCUGUAAAGUUUCGGAAAAAUUCAUUGGAAAUUCAAUCGGCGACGUGAUCAGUCGUAAGUGUGCAUUCGAGUUCGGCGGACGUGUCCCCCCUCCCAAGCAGCAGCAGAAGCAGCAGAAAGCAUCCAAAGCUCAUUCACGUAGAGCACUCUUGACUUAGCUCUUCAUGAAGCGGAUCUGGAAUUGCUGACGCACGAGGUGGCACUGGCGAAGGGAAGGAAAUGAGAAGCUGCUUCCAGAACCAAGUGAUAAUAAAAGCAAAAGUUCGGUUCAACGGUGAGCGCUUGAAGCCGACAGGAGCGAAGAAUUCUGCCUGCGUUUCGCUUUGGGGUGUUUAGAACAAGUUUAUCGUAUCUUUAUCGCUAAAGUGGCUACACUUGCUAGUGCAGAGAGCAACCAGAGUUUAUUCAACGGACGUGUUUUGCACUGUGAUCGUGUGUGACAAUGGUAAUUUCGAAGAUCUGUUGCAUCGGGGCCGGUUACGUUGGGGGUCCCACGUGCAGUGUGAUGGCACUCAAGUGUCCUGACAUCAAAAUCACGGUCGUCGAUCGCAGCGCAGAACGAAUUGCUCAAUGGAAUUCGGACAAACUGCCCAUCUACGAGCCCGGUUUGGACGAGGUAGUGAAGGAGUGUCGAAACCGAAACCUGUUCUUCUCGACAGACAUCGAGACGGCUAUCCAAGAGGCGGAAUUGAUUUUUAUUUCGGUUAACACUCCCACCAAAACCUACGGUAACGGUCGGGGUCGAGCAGCUGAUCUCAAGUAUGUGGAGGGCUGCGCUCGUAUGAUUGCGGAAAUGUCCCAAAAUAGUAAAAUCGUGGUCGAAAAAAGUACCGUUCCCGUUCGGGCAGCAGAAAGUAUUAUGCAUAUACUGAAGGCAAACCACAAGCCCGGAGUAAAAUAUGACAUUCUAUCGAAUCCAGAGUUUCUGGCGGAGGGUACUGCCGUUGAGGAUUUAUUGAAACCCGAUCGCGUUUUGAUUGGUGGUGAGGAAACUCCAGAAGGCAAGGCAGCUAUCGAUAAACUUUGCUGGGUGUACGAGCAUUGGAUACCGAAAAAGAACAUACUCACCACGAACACCUGGAGUUCCGAACUGUCGAAGCUGGCGGCAAAUGCUUUUCUCGCACAAAGAAUAUCGUCCAUCAACUCGCUGUCGGCCGUUUGCGAGGCAACCGGUGCGGACGUUUCCGAAGUAGCCCGCGCUGUUGGGCUUGAUUCCAGGAUUGGUCCUAAAUUUUUACAAGCAUCUGUUGGGUUCGGGGGAAGCUGUUUUCAGAAGGACAUUCUCAAUUUAGUGUACAUUUGCGAAGGACUGAAUCUUCCGGAAGUGGCUGCCUACUGGCAGCAGGUUAUCGAUAUGAAUGAAUAUCAGAAAGUUCGUUUUUCACAGAAAAUUAUAGAAUGCCUUUUCAACACGGUCACCGACAAACGGAUAUCGAUCCUUGGCUUUGCUUUCAAGAAAAACACCGGAGACACACGAGAAACACCUGCCAUCACCGUGUGUCGAACUCUACUAGACGAAGGUGCGCAACUGAAUAUUUACGACCCGAAGGUGGAACCCGAACAGAUCAUCGCCGAUCUGACGCAUCCUAAAGUAGCGGAAAGUCCGGAACAGGUGAAGAAAGCGGUGCAAAUUUUCGCCGAUCCCUAUGAUGCCGUACGAGGUACUCAUGCGAUCGUAAUCUGCACCGAAUGGGAUGAGUUCGUUAAAUCCAUUCCCUUUCAGAGUCUCAACUACGAGCGCAUUUACCAGUCAAUGAUGAAGCCGGCCUACAUCUUCGACGGACGCAAGAUUCUUCAGCACGAGAGAUUGCAACAAAUCGGAUUUCAUGUGCAAACCAUCGGUAAGAAGCUGAACCGAAUUAUUCUGACUCGAUCGUGGGGCAGUAUUCCACAGCUGUAGAAACUUAGUGAGUUGUAUUAAAACCAAACCAACUUGCUUCUCAACCCUUCUACUUCGGAAUUUUCUCGAAAAUAGAUUUUUUUUGCAAGCAAAUAGAACAAAUAUUUAUAAGAGACCCAGAGUAAGCUUUUUAAGCGUGAAACGAAGUAUUAACAAGCGUCACAUAAUGUUCAGUGUGUGAUAACCAAUGGUAUCAAACCGCAACGUAUCAAAUCUGCACUUCUUCGAGGGCAACAGCAAGACGACAUACACUAUUUAAUUGAUAUUGAACCCACUAAAGCAGUGAAUAGCUAUUUAAUCAUCCCAACCUCACGUCUCAAUCACUUAAACACACUUUAAAUUUAGAAAUCCAUGCAAUAUAUUUAAGAAACAAACUUUUCCAUUCAUCGAUGAUUAUUGAUUUUCACUAAAUUAAUGUUUGUAUUUUUGCUUGCGUACUGGCAUAGCGUUCAAUUCAAAAAAUUUUUUGUCAUUCAUUCAUACGGUCGAAUGAACUUUUUGC